AACUUCCUCCUGAGCUGCCCUGUGUGAUUGUAUUCAGGGACAGCUUUAUUCAGUUCACAGUUAUAAUUGUCUGGACUGUUCUUCUGGAUCAAUGACUGUGAUUUGAGUCCGAAAAAAAGACGACAAUGCAGAACAUCAAGUGUGUGGUGGUUGGCGACGGUGCCGUGGGUAAAACCUGCCUCCUGAUUUCCUUCACCACCAAAGCCUUUCCUAAAGAGUACGUCCCCACCGUCUUUGACAACUACAGUGCGCAGCUGACAGUGGACACGAAGCCCAUCAGUCUGAACCUGUGGGACACGGCGGGUCAAGAGGAAUACGACCGCCUGCGGACCCUCUCCUACCCGCAGACCAACGUCUUUGUGAUCUGUUUCUGUGUCACCAGCCCGCCUUCCUAUGAGAACGUCAAGUUGAAAUGGUACCCGGAGGUGUCUGAACACUGCCCGAAUGUACCCAUCCUGCUGGUGGGGACUAAAAAGGAUCUGAGAGACGAACCGGAGGUUAUAAACAAGCUGAAGGAGAAGAACAUCUCACCCAUCACCCAGCAACAGGGCGCAGCGCUGGCCAAACAGAUUCAUGCCAGCAAGUACAUGGAGUGCUCGGCGCUCAACCAGGACGGCGUGACGGAGGUGUUCACAGAAGCCGUUCGCAUUUUCCUCAACCCAAAGCCACCUCCCAAGAAACCUUGUGUGAUACUGUAAAUAUGCUGGGACAUAAAUAUGAUUUAUCAUUUUUAAAAGAGGUAUUUGGUUUAUCACAUGUACUGUCAAUUUGUAAAGUAUCGUGUUUUGACAAGUAAACCAAACUUUUAUAACAUACACUGUCAGAAAAAAAUGGUCCCUUGGGCGGUACUUCUUCAAAAUGUACACCUAGUACCUCAGACUUAACAAAUGUAUAUAUACACUUUAAACAUUUAGAAAUGACAGUAUUACUGGCAGCUGUUUGCUAGUAUCUUACUGUAGAUUUAAACGUAUCUUAUUUACUUGCAAAAGUUUGUUCAAACACGAACAAGUCUUUACAGAAUAAAACUAUAAAAUAACAACCUCAUGCAAAGCAUUCUGGGAAACAAAAUCUGAAGGAAAUACACAGAAAAGGUUGAUGAGGAUUUCCCAGAAUGCUUUGCAUGAGGCUCUUAUUUUAUAGUUUUAUUCUGUAAAGAUAAAGACUUGUUAAUGUUUAAUGUUUAACUUUGAACAAACUGUUGCCAGUAAAUCACAUAAAUUUAAAUCUACAGUAAGUUACUGGCAAACAGCUGCAUAACUACAGCAACUUUUUACUGUGAAUGGUACACAUUAGGUCCAUACUGAAAAGGUCCCACUGCCCAACGCAGUGAUGGCUAUAGGGAUGAUUUUUUAAAACAUUUUUUUCUGACAGUGUAUAAACACUUUUGCAUGAUAUAACAAUGGCAUUUAUUUUAAAGAAAUACAUUUAAAUUGAGAAUACAUUUUAUGUGUGGCCUAAGCAACCAAAAAGGUCAUUUUGAGGCUAUUGCAUGUUAAUUGUAAAAAAUAAAAAUUAAAACUUUAGCUGAAGGACAUAGUGUAAUAUAAACCAGAUCUCACUGGUAUUUGUAUGUAUUUAAUGAGGUUGAGGUGGCUAAUACAUAUGAAUUUCUAUAUUAUCACCUAUAAGCAUACAUUGCCAUGAGAUUUUGUUAGUAUAAACAAUAUGAAAACUUAAAAAAAUAAUGGUACAAAUGCUGUCACUGCGGUAGAACCCUUAUAAAAAAUACACAUGGGUGCAUAUUAGUACCACAAAUAUACAUAUUGGUACCUCAAAGGUGUACCUAAAUAGUACAUAUUAGGACCUUUUUAAAAGGUACCGUCCAAGUGACAACUUUUUUACCUUUAUUUUUGACAGUGCACUAUGUACUGUAGAUAUUGAUGUAAUUGUAGAAACUGAAACAGUUAACCAUCUAAAAAUGCAUUAAAAAUGCUUUUAGA